AUGUGCAUGUGUGGCGAGGACCUGACGCACCGGACGCUUCUCUACAGGCUACAGAAGGCCCUCUCCGACGUGAUCCUUCCGAAGGAGCAACUGCUGGCUCUCCGCGAGUCCUCCGACAACGUGCAGCUCAUGUUGAAGGACUUCUUCGAGCUGUGGCAGCUUGGUGAUGUGACCGCUAUUGCCGCGGAGCUGCCGCACGGGACGGACGGCCUGGUCUUCACGCCAGUCAUGGUCCCCUACGCGCCUGGGACAUGCCCGGCCUUGCUGAAGUGGAAGCCUGCCGAGAUGAAUACGGUGGAUUUCAAGCUGCAGGUCAUCCAGGGAGGAGACAUGAAGAAGAACAUCCAUGUGAAGUUGCUAGUCGGCUUCAAGGGCAAGGAGACAUGGCAGGUGAAACACACAGGCCAUUGGCUGGCGAAGAUGGGCGACAUGUUCAAGAAGUUGAGGGAGGACCCGACUGCUUUCGACGGCAAGAUCGCAGAGUGUAAAUGGCAUGCCUCAGCAAAGACAUUCACACCUUCAGACCAGCUUAAGUUCACGGUGAACGGAAGCUGGGAAGAUGGCGGUUGGGUGCUGCAACGCCUGAGGGAGCUUCCUGGUCCAGUUCCCGACGUAGCUGAAGUCAGGGAGAUGCUUUCUCGCUUAUCAUGCUUUUCGCCGCCACCCCUUCGCCGCUCCUAUGACCUUGUCGAUGAGUUGCAGCAGGACAUAGAACUUCGUGACUUGCCAGCCUUUCCGGCAAAAGGCUCAAACUAUUACUGGGGCCCGUGGCUGGCGUUGGCAGUCGUCUCUGCCUUCAUCCUUGAAGCUGUGGGAAUCCCAACGCUGGCAAGCCAAUCUUACAAAAGCGACGUUUUGGAACUGGUGAUCCUCCCAGUGGUCUGGAUAGCUGCUUUUACAGCGGUUGUCGUGCUGGUGUCCAUUGUGUUUGGAGAAACCGGUGAAAUUCGGCGAAGUGACGCCGUCUGCUAUCCGAUUCCCGACAGGGCAAGAGCAUUGAUUCUCUUGGGCCGGGGGAAGUCUGACGACCUCCCCAAUAUCGGGGGCUUGAAUGGCGAGUCGUACUGCACGCGCUGUUUCCUUUGGCGCUCGGAGGGGGCCCACCACUGCAGCACUUGCCAGCGCUGUGUCACAGGUUUCGAUCAUCACUGCAGCUUCUUUGGGCGAUGCAUCACAAGGCAUAAUAUGUGUAGCUUCCGAACAAUCAUUGCCUUGUUCUUCGUUGGUGCUGCUGCCCAGAUCCUCACCCUAUUGAUAAUCAACACAGCUCCUGCACGAACGCCAGCCCCCUAUGCUGCGUCGAGCCUCAUGAUGGAGCCCGUGGGCAGAUACUACAACUGA